AUGCCUCGGAGUCGUAAAGGAAAGAUCUGCAUCCGUGAGGAACACCACCUGGCCCAAGGUGCAAUCCAGGAACAGGGGGAAGCCAAGGAGGAAGCACUGGUCUCCUUAUCUCCUCCUCCUUUAGAAGCUGUGGAGCAGAGGAAACCUGGUGCUAGGUCACGUAGUACUGUCAAGUGGCCUCAGAGAGCCCAAUCCACCAUCACUCAACCUGCAGGUGUUUCAAGCACAGGGUUAUCUGAAGGAGCCAGCUGCAAAAUGGAGAACAAGCCAAGUUCCUCCAAGGCCCCGCCUUCCCUGGUGCAGUCUCAGAGAGAUCGUCUGACUGAGAUGGCCAGUAUGGUGGUACAGUUCCUGAUGCAGAUGUACAGAAUGAAACAACCUAUUAGGAAAGCAGAUAUGCUGAAAAUUGUCAAUAAAAAAUACAAAAAUUGCUUCCAUGAGAUCCUCAGAAGAGCAUCUUUCAGCAUGGAGGUGGUAUUUGGUGUUGACUUGAAGGAAGUUGAUGCUACACAGAAUUCCUAUACUCUGGUCAGCAAAAUGGAUCUCCCCAACAAUGCAACGGUGAGGAGUGGCUGCAAGGGAUUUCCUAAGACUGGUCUCCUGAUGAAUAUCCUGGGCAUGAUCUUCGUUAACGGCAACUGCGCCACUGAGCAAAAGAUCUGGGAAUUCCUGAACAAGAUGAGAAUAUAUGCCGGAAAGAGACACUUCCUAUUUGGGGAGCCCAAGAAGCUCAUCACACAAGAUUUUGUCAAACUCAAGUACCUGGAGUACCGCCAAGUGCCCGACAGUGAUCCUCCACAUUAUGAGUUCCUGUGGGGUCCAAGAGCCCACGCCGAGACCAGCAAGAUGAAAGUGCUGGAGUUUUGGGCCAAGAUUAAUCACACCGUCCCCGACGCCUUCCCCUUCUGGUAUGAAGAGGCUUUGCGAGAUGAGGAAGCCCAAGCCACCACUCCACUAAGAACUCACACCAACGCCAUGGCAGUGAUCCAUCCAGGGCCAUGUCCACAGGCUGCACCCACACUUGGUGAAGCUGAGGCCGAGUCUUCAUGUUGUGGUUGA